UAAGUAAAGAUCACUGACUAAGCUACACUGCUAAUAGCAUCAGAUCUCCUUAUUCGUGGCAGGCAGAUUUUCUGCCAGGCUUUCUCGAGAUGAUGGACUACAGCGCUCCUACUGUACAUAAUACAUCACUAAUUAAAAGUGAACACUAAACUGUCCACUAAGGACUAACCUGUUGGCUCCUGCUGUAGGACAAGCGUAGAGACAGACAAGUGUCCAUGCUGGUGCUAAUACACACAACAAAGCUACAUUUUCCACAAGGAUUUUCUAUACACUGCUCAUAGGGAUGCCUUAGUUAAAAAUGCCUUUGGCAACAUAGAGUGAAUAAACCACCCGUGUCCCUCUAAUGGCCCUAGCUACCUGAGGCAGAGACAAGGGAGGGAUGUCCUUUAGCCUAGAUCUGUUGAAUCAGCUUUGUCUGUGCAUGUCGCCUGGGUCAGGAGGACUGCAUGUGCUUCUCUGGUGUUAAGCGGGGAAGCACAGACAACAAGGAUUGCUACUGUUAAGGGCAGAGGCUUUCGUAUACUGCCUGUGAUGCGUUUGAGCGUUGUCGUUCUAAACACAGACCUGGAAGUGAAACUAACUGUUGUCACAACAAGCAGAAGGCAAUGGCUAAGGACAAGAGUGAGCAUGAAACAGCCAGUUCAAUCUUCUAGCGCUCUAUAAAAAGGUGUGAAUGGGCCUAGAGGAACUUCCGCUGGAUCAGAUUAGGCAGCGCUGCGGUAGGUCAAAUUAGACUCGUCACUCCCCAUAUUCUAAUGAGGCCACGGCAAUGCUGACAUCCCCUCUGAAUCCAAAGACGUCAUCAUGCUGAAGACGGAGGCCUCGGGGGAGAGAACCAGCCUCCGGAGUGCCUCCCCCCACCGCAAUGCCUACCGGGCUGAGUUUCAGGCACUCAAGAAGGCCUUUGACCAGCCUCGGAUCGAUGGAGACUCCAAGCCCAAAGACCUCGAACGGGUGAAACAACCGAGGGGCCGCCAGUAUGGCAGCCAUGUCAGUCGCAUUAAGGACAUGUUCAUGCAGAUGGGCUCGGAAAAUCCCUCAGCUAAGGCCAGUGGUCGUGAUGAUUCCUCGCCACAGAAGUUGAUCAAGCCCACCAACUUCAUCAACAAGGCUGAUGGAUCAGUGAUAAAGCUUCAGCAUUCCUCUUCAACUGACAGGAUUGGAGGUGCUGGAGCAAAGUUCUCUGAAACCAGGAAGUUGUUUGAGCAGCAAUCACGUGACCAGUCCCAAUCACCAGUCUUUCCAUACGGACGUGAUAAAAGAGGUUCCCAUGAGCAUCUCGAUGACUGGCGAGGUGCAAGGUCCAAUCGAGGCAGCACAGACUCCUUGGACUCACUUUGCUCCAGAACAGAGGCGUCCUCACCGACGGUUAGUCAACUCAGUGCUGUUUUUGAAAAUGCAGACCACCACAACCAAGGUGCGCCCUGCAGAGGAGUCAGCAGACGGGCCCUCUACUCACCAGAUGGAUUCCAGCGACAUGGAGGUGACCUCAGUGAAGAUGAUUCAAGACAAUCUCCAGUUCGUGGAAGCUACCGGAGCAAGAUAGGGGGGAAGUUUCCCACAUCCUCGUCUUCUGAGGACCUUCUGAGCCCCAGUCCUGGGACGGAGACAUCGGAGCUGAAACCAGUACCACAAGAGAAAGGAGCCCAAGACAAAGAAGACAAGGUUGGGACUAUGGGUGGAGAUAGGCGGCGUCUUUCUGGGGUCACCACCAACGGAAGCCAGGUCAAUGGUUCUUGUGAAGAAGAGGAGAAAUCUUCAGGAAUGAAAAAACUUAUUGAUGAUCUAGGGGUGUCCAAAGCUUCCAAACCUACAGAUGAUGCUGUUCUUAUCGACAAAGCUCUUGAAGAUGCAACCCCUGAGCCACUGCCAACCCCAACUACACCUGCCGGGGAAAGCCAGGAGGAUGGGGAUGGUUCAAGAGAAGACAAGCCCUCUGACUCUCCCAAGGCCCAGGUGGAAGAACCCGACGAGGAAUACUCUGGGAAUGAGCGGGUGAUUUUUAAUGCAGACGGGGAUGCCUGUUACCAGGGUUGGGGGGAAAGCUGCACGGAUCCUGAGGAUGACCUCUACGGAGAUGAUGAGGAUAUUGUCUAUGACCCGGGCUCUGACCUGACAGAGAUUCCUGGUUUACCGCAUGAAAACAAAGAGGACAUCCCUCCAAAGAGGAAGAUUCGCUUCAGCACUUCUCCCAUUACGGUGUUCAACACCUACUCCAACGAGGACUAUGACCGACGUAACGAAGAGGUGGAUCCUGUGGCCUCCUCCGCAGAAUACGAGCUGGAGAAGAGGGUGGAGAAACUGGAGCUCUUCCCUGUGGAGCUGGAGAAAGAUGAAGACGGUCUGGGGAUCAGUAUCAUCGGGAUGGGUGUUGGUGCUGACGCAGGCCUGGAGAAGCUGGGCAUCUUCGUCAAAACCGUCAUCGAGGGCGGAGCUGCUGAGAGAGACGACAGGAUCAAGGUGAAUGACCAGAUCGUGGAGGUGGAUGGGACCAGUCUGGUGGGCGUCACCCAGAGCUUUGCUGCCUCCGUCCUCAGGAACACAUCAGGAGUGGUCAGGUUUGUGAUUGGCCGAGAGCGUCCGGGCCAGCAGAGUGAGGUGGCCUCGCUCAUCCAGCAGACCCUGGAGCAAGAGAGGAGACAAAGAGAGCUGCUGGAGCAGCAGUAUGCCCACUAUGAUGCUGAUGAUGACGAGCAGACGGGAGAGUACGCCACAGAUGAGGAGGAGGCGGGGACAACGGUGGCAGACGGGGAGAAGCGCAUCGAGGUGUUUGACUUGCCGGAGACAGAGGACAUCUUGUCUCCCUCGGAGUUAGAUGCCACUAAACUCUACCAGAAGUUUAGAGAG